GGCUGCGCCUGUGAGGAGCUCAAGCCAGAUUGCGGCCCCGUCCCGUGCCUCCGACACCCUCCAGUCAGAACGCGGCAGAGCUUGGACCCCACCUUCACUCAGCCUUCUGCCCGACCGCACCUGCGCACCUGCAGCACAAGAAACGAUGGCGUUCGGAAAGCUCUACACCUACGCGGGCAACCCCCGCUCCACGGCCAUCCGCGCCGUUGCGAAGGCCAACAACCUCGAACUCGAGGAGGUCGAGAGCGACACCAAGCAGCCGAGCGAGGACUUCGUCAAGGCCAACCCCCUCCACAAGGUCCCGACCUUCGUCGGCUCUGAUGGCUUUGUGCUCACCGAGUGCAUCGCCAUCGCUGUUUACGUCACCUCCCAGAACGAGAAGACCACCCUUCUCGGCAAAACCAAGCAGGACUAUGCCUCUAUCCUGAGAUGGAUGUCGUUCUUCAACAGCGAGGUGCUGCCCAAGCUCGGCGGUUGGUUCCGCCCCCUUCUGGGCAAGGACCCUUACAACAAGAAGGCCGUCGAGGAGUCGCAGAAGGCUGCCCUCGAGGUCGUGUCAAUUGUCGAUGCCCACCUCCGUGAUAACACGUACCUCGUCGGCGAGCGUAUCACCCUGGCUGACAUCUUCGCCACCGGCCUCAUCGCCCGUGGUUUCGAGUUCUUCUUCGACAAGGAGUGGCGCCAGAAGAACCCCAACGUCUCGCGCUGGUACGAGACGGUCUACAACCAGCCCAUCUACUCGGCUGUUGCUCCUCCAUUCUCCCUCCUGGAUACCCCCAAGUUGACCAACGUCCCUCCCAAGAAGGCUGAGCAGCCCAAGAAGGAGAAGGAGGCCCGCAAGCCGGCUGCCCCGGAGGCCAAGCCCCAGGAGGAGGAGGAGGAGGAGGCCCCCGCUCAGGCCCCCAAGCCCAAGCACCCUCUCGAUGCCCUCCCCAAGGCCUCGCUUCCCCUUGACGAGUGGAAGCGCCAGUACUCCAACGUGGACACUCCGGAGGCCCUGAAGUGGUUCUGGGAGCAUGUCAACUUCGAGGAGUACUCGCUCUGGAAGGCUGCCUACAAGUACAACGAUGAGCUCAAGUUGACUUUCAUGUCGAGCAACCUCAUCGGCGGCUUCAACAACCGCCUGGAGGCGUCGCGCAAGUACCUCUUCGGCUGCGCGUCGGUCUUCGGUACCAACAACGAUUCGAUCAUCGAGGGUGCCUUCGUCAUCCGGGGCCAGGACUACCUGCCCGUCUUCGAUGUUGCUCCCGACUAUGAGAGCUACGAGUUCACCAAGCUCGAUCCCACCAAGCCCGAGGAUCGCGCUUAUGUUGAGGCUCAGUGGUCGUGGGAUAAGCCCAUCGUCGUCAAUGGCAAGGAGUACCCGCAUGCCGCCGGCAAGGUCUUCAAAUAAGCCAGAAAAUAGGAAUCUAGCGCAUUACAGGCCGACCGUGGCCGUGUGCUUAGACUAUGGGAUAUGACUGAUGAACGGGAAUGUACGGGACAUUACGGGACGGGUUCGGGCCCGCUGGUGGCUCAUGUGAUCUUUGAUAUCACCGGCAGUCAAGUCGAGCAUGGCAUGAGUCGA